GGUGUCAACCGAGUCCAAACCAUACCUCAGACCCGCAUCAACCCCGUCAGAACCCGGAUCGGAAAUUUCAAUCAAAUAUUAUAUUUCUAAAAUUUAAAAUUUGUUUUUGUAAUUUUACAUUUUGCCACGAUGUCGAAGAUCUAUCUGAAGGCCAUGGAGGAGGUGGUGCACCGCAACUCGGACAACACCAACCGCAUUCUGGAACAGGCUCAGGGAUACGUGGUCUCCGAGAACGCCACCGAUACCCUUCUCCACACAUCCUUUGAUCUGACCACUGCCCAGGGAGUGGUGAAGCACUUGCAUGCCAGCUUCUUGCGGCUGGCCCAGAGUGGUGUUCGUGACAUCGAUCCGGAAGAUCAGUUGUGCUUCCUGCGCGUGCGCACCCGAAAAUAUGAGUUCCUAACUGCUCCCGAGGAGUAUUUCACCGUGACCGUGAUGCUUUAGGCCCAUUGACCAUUCGAGGGGUUAAUAGGGUUGUUGGCGGGUGGUGGUGGCAACAAUAAUACGGACACGGCUGUGCCCCCUCUGGCACACACACAUCCACUCCCUCUCUUAUACCAGUCGAGUGCCAUUCGUGGGAGUUAUCGUUGGCAAAUCGACAGCAUAAAUCUCCAACUAACCCGAAAACUAAACGAGCCAUAAAAUUAUGAACAGAAUCUUUAUGCGUGUGACUGGCGAAACUAAAUGUUUAUUAUGUAAUUAAGAUGUUAGCAAAGAUGCCAGCCCAACAAAGCCCGCACAUAAAACAGAAGCAGCAGCC